AGGCGGCGGAGGAGGAGCUCAGCUGCUGCGCCCCAGCCUCCAACACACACACACACGCACGCACGCACACACACACACACACACACACGGUAAAAGCAGCCAGAGUCCGAGACGAGCAGGACGCGCGGCAGCGGAGGUGAUGGCUGUGGCAGUUACCAGGGAUCUCACCGUGCAGGUGUCGGAGGAUGUGAACACUGUGAAGCUGACUGACACACAGCAGGCUCUACGCACUGCCGUCCAGAGAGGAGAACCCAAGAGUCUGGGGGUGAGCCAGGUGAUGCUGGGACUUAUGGUCAUGUCCUACUCCAUCCCUCUACACUUCACGCAGUCCACGGAGGUGGUGAUCCUGGGGGUUCCCUGGUGGAGCGGCCUGAUGUUCAUUAUAGCAGGAGUCGUCGCCAUUGUCUUGGACAAACACUGCAGCUUUAGGAAUUUGCAGGUGUGUCUGCUGGUGACGGUGGUAUCUUUGGUGCUGUCUGUGGUGGCCAUUAUCAUCUACUCUGUGGAUAUAGAGAGGAACCCUGAGGUGGAUUGCUCCAUGGACUUACAUAGCUGCAAUGAAAAGUACUAUGCUGUGAAAAUGAGCCGAGGCCUGAAAUCAUCCCUGCUUCUCUUUACUGUGGCCCAGACGGUGAUCUCUGGGCUCCUCGGCUUCCUGCUGCUCAGGCAGAGACGUAAUUUCGGCCAGUACAGCUCUCUGGACCAGGCUGCUGCUGUCACGUCCUCAAUGCUCCUCAGCCCUGAGCACAACUGAUCUUGAUGGAACCCAGGAGGCGACCUAACAAAGGCACUGAUGUGUGAGACAACAACACUGCAUGUAGACGUUGUUGUCGUUUAGUCAACACAUACUAAUGUAAAGGACUUUCCCUGUAUUCUACCCUGCUCAUUAUCCUCCUGCUCCUGUGAAAUGUUUCCCUUCCUCGUCUUUGCUUCUCUUCAUCUACACACUCGUAGUAUUUACUGUAUGUUUGAGUCCAUGUUGAAACAUCUGAGCAGCUCAAAUGAAGCUUUGUGUCAUAA